GCCUUCUCUACUGCUGCUACUCGCUACCACUGCUCGGUCAGGUGGUACCAGGAUGAAUUUGCAACCAGGACAAUGAGGGAGGAGGGGACAACCGGCUCAGGAGAGACUUUCUCCAAGUGAGACUAGACGCCUUUCAGACUGACUCUAGUGUGAAAAUUAUGAGGCUGGUAUUAAUGUUCGCCUGCAUCGUGCUGUUUGGGACUGCAGGACUUGUGGUCUUCAUGCACCUGCAGGAUCCAGUGGAAAUCAUCCCUCAUCAGACACCAGGAGUAAAGUAUAAUGCCCAGCGCUACCGAAAUGACUGUCCACCAGGUGGCAGCCAGGAUGGGAGAGUGAUGGGUCACAAAGCAGGAGCCUUGGCAAAGGUCACUCCCCAGGGCUCCCCAGGCCCAGGGGCACGGAGCCAGGAGCAGCAGCUGAAUGGCCUGGUGGUUCUGGUGAGAGAGCAGGCGAAGCCUGGGCCAGAGGGUGGCCACAUCCAGCCCCGGCAGCGCCGGAGGAGGCUUCUCAUCAAGAAGACGCCAAUCGUCAUUGCCCUGAACAGCUCCACUGUCACGCUGGCUCAGCUGGGCCCCCAGGAUGCUGGAGCCCCUGUGGGUCACUGGCACCGUCUCUACCAGGUGCAGCGUGAGCGGAAGAAGAUCAUGAGGGACACCUGCGCCAAAUACAAGAGCAACAGUCGCAGGGUCAUCACGCCCUACCACGUGUCCCGCAUCUUCGUGGAGGACAAGUACCGGGUCCUGUACUGUGAGGUACCAAAGGCUGGCUGCUCCAACUGGAAGCGGGUCCUCAUGGUCCUCAGUGGGCUGGCCUCCUCCACCAGGGACAUCCAGCACAACACUGUGCACUAUGGCAACACCCUGAAGAGGCUGGACGGCUUUGACCGCCAGGGCAUCUCUUACCGCCUCAACACCUACACCAAAAUGCUGUUCGUUCGGGAGCCCUUUGAGAGGCUGGUCUCUGCUUUCCGGGACAAAUUUGAGCACCCUAACAGCUACUAUCAUCCUGUUUUUGGCAAGGCCAUUCUUGCCAGGUAUCGUGUGAAUGCCACACGGGAGGCUCUAAGGACAGGCUCGGGUGUGAGGUUCUCUGAGUUCAUCCAGUACCUGCUGGAUGUGCACCGGCCUGUGGGCAUGGACAUUCACUGGGACCAUGUAAAUAGGCUGUGCAGCCCUUGUCUCAUUGACUAUGAUUUUGUGGGCAAGUUUGAGAGCAUGGAGGAAGACGCCAACUUCUUCCUGCGCCUCAUUGGUGCUCCCCGGAAUCUGACCUUCCCCAGGUUCAAAGAUAGGCACUCAAAUGAGGAGAGGACAACCACAAGGAUUGCCCACCACUACUUUGCCCAGUUGUCUCCCCUGCAGAGACAGCGCACCUAUGACUUUUACUACAUGGAUUACUUGAUGUUCAAUUACUCCAAGCCUUUUGAUGACCUAUAUUGA